GAAUCACAUUGCCGCGUCGACCACCGCGAGGAGUGUUCGUUGCCUGCCACGCUCAACCACGCUGUCGUUCAUCGUUUUCGGAACGCGUUAUUAUACAAAUGAAACGUAUCGUAGUUGAAAAGGUGUCGCACCGCGUGCUCCUAUUACCCUAACCUCGCGCUCUCUUCGCUGUCUGUUGCUCCGUGGUGAGUGAUUUAUUCGCAAAGUGUAGUGAUCGUGUAUAUUCGUGUGAAGCGAGUGUCAACAAAGGGAUUCUAAUUGCGCGGGUACACUAAUUCUCAAGUGUUUCUCUAAUCGCAUUCUUCACGAUUCGAUCGUAGAUUGAUGUAGCGAGCGUACGUACAGAGUUACGCUUUGUAUAUUGCAUGCUGGAUUUUGUGCCGAGAAAAAACAAUUUUGACUUAUCUUUGAACGUUCCACAACAUCAUCAAACAUCGUACCAUCACGACAGUUACAAUAUGUCGGACCAGACGUUUCACACGCCAAGUUUCGGUGACGAAGACUUUGACAUACCAACUAUUCAUCCUCAGUCGCAUCAGCAGCAGCAACAUCAUCAACAACAUGACUCCAUGCAAGCAUAUGGUCAGCCACAGAUGAUUCAAGGUAGCAGUAUGCAACAAUCGUCGGAUGGUCUCAAUCUGGACACUAAUGGAUAUCAGCAACAGCUCUAUUUACAGCAAGAGCAUUCGAUGCAAGCGAUCAAUGUCAGUUCGGCAUAUGGCAACUCACAAAGUUCGUAUGCGACAAUGAGCUCUCCACGUCAUCAACAACAUAGCGGCCAACAAUUAUUGAUGUUGCAACAACAGCAGCAACAGGUUCAAAUGCAACAUAUGCAGUAUAUGCAUUCUCAGCAGCAGCAACAGCAGCAGCAAUUGCAGCAACAGCAACAAAUGCAAUAUAGAAGUCCUACCGGAGGCAGUCCGACUACUAUGCAAGCAAACAAUAUCCCGGAGACGAAUAAUAAUACUACGACCAGCGAAGAUAGUGAUGAUAGCACUCCACAUUCUGGAAUGAUUGCUAUGGUAAAGCGUGAGCCACCAUCGCCCGAAGCAGCUGAUGUUGGAGCAAAGAAUCAAAGAAAAACGAAGCCCCAAAAAAAGAAGAAAAAGAGAGAUCCUAACGAGCCACAGAAACCAGUGUCAGCGUAUGCCCUUUUCUUUAGAGAUACUCAGGCAGUAAUUAAGGGAAAACAUCCAAACGCCAGCUUCGGUGAAGUAUCUAAAAUUGUCGCGUCAAUGUGGGAUGCAUUAGACAUUGAACAUAAAAAUUAUUACAAAAAGAAAACCGAAGCAGCUAAGAAGGAAUAUUUGAAAGCUCUCGCGGCGUACAGAGCAUCUCUGGUAAGCAAAGGUGCGGGUGAAAAUGAACAAAAACAGCAAACACAACAGCCGCAACAACAAAUGCAAUACAGUGGAUACACAGGCUAUUCCAACAAUACUGCGUCAGGAAAUGUUACAUAUCAAGUCUAUAGCCCUCAACAUCAACCUUCGUCGCCUCAACAUCAGCAACAGCUGGCUGUUAAUAAAAAGUCAUCCCAUCAUUUAGCAAUGCAAGGAAAUCCUCAACAAAGCUUAAUGGGCACUGUAAUGGCACCACCGCAUAUGACACAACAGCAACAGCAGCACAUGCAGCAGCAGAUUUCUCAACAGCAAUACAUGCAGGUGCCUCAACAACAAGUACAGCAAGUGCAAGUGCAACAACAACAGCAGCAACAAAUAAUACAUACAAGUCCACCUAGAGCAGAAUUUAUAAAAUCUGAGGAUUUACCGAUAAAGUCUGAAACUUUAUCUAGUUCUUCGUCGCCAGUAAAUCCUUCACAAGUGACUAUGACAGGACAAAGGCCAUCACCGUGUAUACAUCAGGGAUGCCCCAAUCCUGCUAUAUCUAAUAACGAAUGGGAAGAUGAAUACUGCAGCAACGAAUGUGUAGUCAGCCAUUGCAGAGAUGUAUUCAAUACGUGGGUAUCUUCAAAUCAAAAUUCUCAACAAAACUAUUCUACAGUUAAAUAAAAGUUCUACAAGAGAUGAACUACAAUUACUCAAUGGCCUCACACCUUAAAUGGCUCGUUGUUAAUCUGUAAAGUAAGAUAUUUAAAUGAAUGUAUAUACACAUAAACUGGUGAACUUUUUAAAGUGUCAAGACUAUUCAUGCAGCAACAGAGAUACAGAGAUCAGCAUUAGAGGAUAGUUUGAAAUAUGUAUACAGAUGUGUUCUGUAUGUGUAUACAUGUUGACGAGAGA